GCAUAGUAAAAUAGUUCCAAAAGUAAAAAUGGCGUGGGCGCUCUCAGGUCUCUCUCUGCAGUUACAGUUACUCAAAAAGUAACGAAUCCUUACUUUGCAGUUACUUGCUUGCAAUAAAAAUUAAACUAUCAAAUCUGCGCUUGAAUUAUUAAGUGUCGAUUAAAGCGUUUAUGUGCAAAUGCAAGACCUAGUGCGAUCUGUGUGGUUUUAAAAAAUAUAGUCUCCAGCAGAGCAAUUUCAACGUACUUAAUCGGAUUUUUUUUAUACAUUCGUUACCGCGACGGCUAUCGCUACGAAACGAGGCAUCGAGAACCACUGGACUCGACUGGUCUCGCAGAAAAAUGGCGGCACUGUGUCGGUCCGUGAGGCAAUUCGGAAAGAGUCUGAUUUUCUCAGAGCCCAGCAGAAGCGUGUCGCUGUCCGCGACCGCGCGUUUAAGAGAGAUAAUUAAGAAGAAAGAGGAUAAUGUCCUGACCAUCGAGGCCGUGCGCGUGCCUCAGAAGAAGGAGAAUCUAUUGGUGAAGCUGGACUCAAACGCGUGUCCCCUUUGCGCCACGGAACUCGACGUCAAACACACCGAUGUCCUUAUUCUAAGUCAGUUCCUGCGAUCGAAUGGAACGAUGCUGCCACGUAGGAUAACCGGACUGUGCAACGUGCAGCAGAAAAGAGUUAGCGUCUUGGUUCAAAUGGCUCAACGAGCGGGCUUGAUGCCGAACAAAUUUACUAAACGGAUUAUGAAUUCUCGAAGGCCAGAUUGGAGGAAGUUCAACGCGUAUUACGAUGAGGAUACCAUAAAAUACAAAUAUAAGCGCUAGGAAAUGUACAUUACGGAAUUAAAUAGCACAGUUUAUUUA